AUCCACUUUAGGACAGAGAGAAAGAAAAGCAGCAAACCACAGCGCAGAAAAACUGGGCACACACAGGCACUUAACGCUCCCCUGCAUAGAGACAGCAGGUUGUAUCCGACUACCGGAGAACGCAGAGCACCUCAGACAGGAACUUUAAAGGGAUUGAAAUCUGUUGCCUGUUCUACUAGGAAUAUUGUUUGCAAGGCACAAGGUGUCUUUUGGUAGUGAGUACCCUCUGCGCAUGCGCAAGUCCAUUCGGGAAUUACUGCCCAGCCGGCCGACUAAGUUGCAUUCCUUGAAUCUUCGCAGAAAAGACAAUUCUUUCAUCAGAGUUAGUAAUGUGGACAGUACAAAAUCGAGAGAGUUUGGGGCUUCUUUCUUUUCCUGUGAUGGUUGCCAUGGUCUGUUGUGCACACAGCUCCAAUGAGCCCAGCAACAUGUCAUACGUGAAAGAGACAGUGGACCGACUGCUCAAAGGAUAUGACAUUCGCUUGCGGCCGGACUUUGGAGGGCCCCCGGUGGACGUCGGGAUGCGGAUCGAUGUUGCCAGCAUAGACAUGGUCUCGGAAGUGAACAUGGAUUAUACACUCACCAUGUACUUCCAACAGUCGUGGAAGGACAAAAGGCUUUCAUACUCGGGAAUCCCACUAAAUCUGACCCUUGACAACAGGGUAGCUGACCAACUCUGGGUACCAGACACCUACUUUCUCAAUGACAAGAAAUCAUUUGUGCAUGGGGUCACAGUGAAAAACCGAAUGAUCAGGCUGCAUCCUGAUGGAACUGUUCUCUAUGGACUACGGAUCACAACCACUGCAGCAUGCAUGAUGGAUCUUCGAAGAUACCCUCUGGAUGAACAAAACUGCACCCUGGAGAUUGAGAGUUAUGGCUAUACCACUGAUGACAUCGAGUUUUACUGGAAUGGAGGAGAGGGAGCAGUAACUGGGGUCAAUAAAAUUGAGCUACCCCAGUUUUCAAUUGUUGACUACAAGAUGGUUUCCAAGAAGGUGGAGUUCACAACAGGGGCAUAUCCACGACUAUCACUAAGUUUUCGUCUAAAGAGAAACAUUGGUUACUUCAUCUUGCAGACCUACAUGCCUUCAACACUGAUUACAAUUCUUUCCUGGGUGUCAUUUUGGAUCAACUAUGAUGCAUCUGCAGCGAGAGUUGCUCUAGGAAUCACCACGGUGCUGACAAUGACAACCAUCAGCACUCACCUCAGGGAGACUCUGCCAAAGAUCCCCUAUGUCAAAGCAAUCGACAUCUAUCUCAUGGGUUGUUUUGUGUUUGUGUUCCUGGCUCUACUGGAGUACGCUUUUGUAAAUUACAUUUUCUUUGGAAAAGGCCCUCAAAAGAAGGGAGCAAGCAAACAAGACCAGAGUGCCAAUGAAAAGAAUAAACUGGAGAUGAACAAAGUCCAGGUUGAUGCCCACGGCAAUAUUCUCCUCAGCACCCUGGAAAUCAGGAACGAGACCAGCGGCUCCGAGGUGCUCACAGGUGUGAGUGACCCCAAGGCCACCAUGUACUCGUACGACAGUGCCAGCAUCCAGUAUCGCAAGCCACUGAGCAGCCGUGAGGGCUUCGGGCGCGGGCUGGACAGGCACGGGGUGCCAGGCAAGGGGCGCAUCCGCAGGCGCGCUUCGCAGCUCAAAGUGAAGAUCCCUGACUUGACUGACGUGAACUCCAUAGACAAGUGGUCCCGAAUGUUUUUCCCCAUCACCUUUUCUCUUUUUAAUGUCGUUUACUGGCUUUACUAUGUACACUAAGGUCAGUCUCAUGGUUCAGUUUAGACUACCUUCCUCCUUGCUUUUUUUUAACCUCACAGGUUCCCAACAGCGAUAACCGCUGUGGUUUUUUGAGGUAAGAGAUUCAUCCUUACAAUUGGUUUUUGAUCUUGUGUGUCAGUUUUUUAUUAUCCCAUCAUGUUUACUUCAACAACAACAACAACAAAAGGUAUGUUUUCCCGUCUACUGUGGUCCAAGUUACCAGCUCUGUAAGAGUUCCAUCAAUUGCUUUGUUUACAAACACAAAGAGAGAGGUAGAGGUUGUUUGCAGUCUUUCCCAGUUGCUCUGGGUUUUACUGAAUUAUUUGAAAACGAAAAUGUACAGUGGAUCUUGCUGACUACCUGCACUGUGUUCUGGGUAAACUGUAACCAUCUCAUGCUGCCAAAAAAUUAAAAAAAAAAAAUAGCAAAGAAAAAAACAUAAC